AGAACCUCUAACCCUCAAUCUGCAUCGCAGUACGCGUCGCAGGUUUGAUAAAAAGCGCAGAACAAAAGCGCCGUGAGAGCGAAGACCGAUUUCUUCCUCUUCUCGCUCGCUGUGUCGGUGUCACUUUUGCGCGGUUCUUCUUUAUCUGUUUCCCCUGGAUAAGGAUGGUUUCCGACGCGAGCAAGAAGAAAGCUGCUCAGAAGAAGGCGGCUGCGGCGGCCAAGCGUGGAGGAAAAGCAGCGGCGGCGGCUGCAGCUUCUUCCAAGGCUGCAGCGGCCAAUUCGCAGAAUGGAGUUGAUAAGUUGGCGAAUGGAGUGGACGCUCUUCAAUUAUCUGAUCGGACUUGUACUGGUGUGCUUUGCUCACAUCCUCUCUCCAGAGACAUCCGAAUAGAAUCUUUGACAGUGACCUUUCAUGGGCAUGACCUUAUAGUUGAUUCCGAGCUGGAGCUCAAUUACGGCAGACGUUAUGGUUUGCUUGGAUUAAAUGGAUGUGGUAAAUCUACACUUCUAUCGGCAAUUGGUUGUCGAGAGCUUCCUAUUCCAGAACAUAUGGAUAUAUAUCACCUUACACGAGAGAUCGAAGCUUCUGACAUGUCUUCACUUGAAGCUGUGAUGAGUUGUGAUGAGGAGAGGUUGAAGUUGGAGAAGGAGGCAGAAUCCUUGGCUGCACAAGAGGAUGGAGGCGGAGAGCAGCUUGAUCGUAUCUAUGAACGUUUAGAAGCAAUGGACGCAUCAACUGCAGAAAAACGUGCUGCUGAAAUUCUUAAUGGGCUUGGGUUUAACAAGCAGAUGCAAGGGAAGAAAACACGGGAUUUUUCUGGUGGUUGGAGGAUGAGGAUUGCCUUAGCUCGUGCCCUAUUCAUGAACCCCACCAUCCUUUUACUGGAUGAACCGACCAAUCAUCUAGAUCUAGAGGCUUGUGUCUGGCUGGAAGAAAACUUGAAGAAGUUUGACCGGAUCCUGGUUGUGGUUUCACAUUCCCAGGACUUUCUUAACGGUGUUUGCACAAACAUUAUACACAUGCAGAACAGAAAAUUAAAGCUUUACACGGGUAACUAUGAUCAGUAUGUUCAGACCCGUUCUGAACUGGAAGAGAAUCAGAUGAAAAUGUAUAAGUGGGAGCAGGAUCAGAUUGCUUCCAUGAAAGAGUAUAUUGCCAGAUUUGGGCAUGGAUCAGCAAAAUUAGCACGGCAGGCUCAGAGUAAGGAGAAAACACUGGCAAAGAUGGAGAGGGGUGGUCUUACUGAAAAGGUGGUGAGAGACAAGGUUCUUGUUUUCCGCUUUGUUGAUGUUGGGAAGCUUCCCCCUCCAGUUCUUCAGUUCGUGGAAGUAACAUUUGGUUAUACCCCUGAUAAUCUCAUCUAUAAGAACAUCGACUUUGGAGUUGAUUUGGACUCUCGGAUAGCUUUGGUUGGACCCAAUGGUGCUGGAAAGAGUACCCUGUUGAAGCUGAUGACAGGGGAACUGGUUCCUCUAGAUGGCAUGGUCCGACGACAUAAUCACCUUAGAAUUGCCCAGUUUCAUCAACAUUUAGCUGAUAAACUCGACUUGGAAAUGUCUGCUCUCCAGUUCAUGAUAAAAGAGUACCCAGGAAAUGAAGAGGAGAAGAUGAGAGCGGCAAUUGGAAAGUUCGGGCUCUCCGGUAAAGCCCAAGUGAUGCCAAUGAAAAAUUUGUCCGAUGGGCAGAGGAGCCGUGUUAUCUUUGCGUGGUUAGCAUGGAGACAACCCCACUUAUUAUUGCUUGAUGAGCCCACUAAUCACUUGGAUAUCGAGACAAUCGACUCGUUGGCAGAGGCACUAAAUGAGUGGGAUGGAGGAUUGGUUCUUGUAAGCCAUGAUUUUAGGCUUAUUAACCAAGUGGCCCAGGAGAUAUGGGUAUGCGAAAAUCAAGCUGUAACCAAGUGGGAGGGUGACAUCAUGGACUUCAAGGAACACUUGAAGGUGAAGGCUGGAUUAGCUGAUUAAAGCUGUAAAAUCGCGAGUUUAGUCUGUUAAAAUCUAUACCAUAUGCCUCGGCUUGAAUGUGGUGUGGUAUCACGCUACGUCUCGGCCAGCAUGUACGUGAUGUGCCCACAAAAUGAGCGGUGGGUGUGAACACUGAUGGGCUUUGUUAUUGGGCCUAGUAGGUGAUGUUUUUGUUUAAAUCUUUCGUGUACCCUAUAUAUAUAUAUAUAUAUUAUAUGAAUUGGUUGGUUUUUGAGCCAACCUUGAUAGAGCCAUGUCCAAUAUUUUCCUUUUAGACACCAUGCGAAUAUGAACAGACGAUCUUAUAUUU